AUGCAUUCCCACCUUCACACCCCCUACAACGCAAGUACGUUACCUUUCUCCCCCCCCAUCUCUCCACCAUCAACAUCAGAUCACAUCAUACCACACACCACACCAAGCACCGAAACUAACUUUCCCCCCUCUACAGACUGCGAAGAAAUCAUGACCGCCCUCGACGAAUGCCACGCACGAGGCUUCAUCCACAAAGCCCUGGGUGGAUGCAACGAUGUCAAGCGCGACGUGAACAAAUGUCUAGCGGCGGAGCGGUAUGCGCGCGCAAAGCGCAACCGGGAUGAGGCGAAAGAGAAGCGCAAGAAGAUCGAGCGUAUUUGGGCUGAGGAGAAGGCGCUUGCGGAGACGGGGUCAAUUUCUUCGUUGGCUUCUUCUGCUUCUGCUUCUUCGGGCUCAAGCUCGGCGGAGAAAUAA